ACAGACUGAAUUUUUUUUCGUCCGCUCCCGUUGUAAUUAGUCACAGAGAGUCAUAGAAAGGAACAAAUAUAUAUAUAUAUAUAUAUGUAUAUGUAGAAAUAAAAUAUAUAUACAUGUAUAUAUGGUAGAUGAUAUAAAUGUUAAGAUAAACUUGUCAGACAAUUGAGGUUUGACUUUUUGCUGCUGGUAAAUCUUUGGCAAACGUGAAAAGGGGGCAAAUAUAUAUAACAAGUUCAGUGAGAAGAGAGAAAGAGGAUUAUAUCGAUUUCCAGUGCGUUCUAUAAAAAAAAGAAACGAUAUUUUCUUCACAUAGAGAAUAAAUAAAAAAGUGGGCCGUUAGUUGAACCGCAAGAUCGAAGACACUAUCAAGACCACGAUGUUUUCCGGCUUAACGAAUCAAAUGUCCACUUGGAUGGGCAAGAAGGGCGAGGACGGUACCGAAUUACCAGCCGACGAAAAAGUCUUGUCCCCCGGUGCCGAGGGCGAACUCGAUCUUGAAAAAAAGGACAGCAGUCCCACGAAAACCGGAAGCAAGCUGGAGAUGCUGGCAGGUGUCAAGUCCCAAAUGACUGGGUGGCUGAGCGGCGGCAUACCGGGACUGGGACGUGGCGCAGCCGAACAAACCCCCGAAACGGGUGAUCCACAGAUGACCGGUGAGACAAACGACGCAUUUGCGUCGCGGGAUACUGUCCAGGGCUCAGGCCCCGAUAACGUAAAAGACGAUGACGCAAGCAGGUGGGUUGCAGGUGCGACCAGCGGUGCUGACAGCGGUCCUGCCAGCCUCGAAGGUACGCCGAUCGACGACAAAGACGGAGCUCAGCACUUCGCCGGUGGUGUGUCGACGAAAGCUCUUGCAGGAGCAAAAUCUCUCGGUGGUUUUCUGUACAGCGCGGUCAACAAAGCUGGCAAGAGCGUAGUCGAAGCGAGUGCAAAGAUCAAGAAAACUGUCGAGGAAAACGUUAACAAUCAGAGAAUCAUCGCCGAACUGAACAAAGAGCAGGAAGCUUUCAUCGCCGGUAAGCAGAACGAAAAAGGCGAGGCCGUUGCUCCUUGGGUAGGGGCGCCGAAUGAGGAUGCACUUCGCGAGGAAUGCUUAGCCCUUUCAACCGAUCGACGCAACUUUGUGAGAGCUCCGCCACCUGGUGUUGAAUUCGCGUGGGACUUUGAGGCCGUUCAGCCAAUGGCACAGGCCACUUUAGCCCUCGACCCUAAUCUUGAGACCAUGAGGUUCGAGCUGGUACCAAAAGUGAUAACCGAAGAGAAUUUCUGGCGCAACUACUUUUACCGAGUGUCCCUACUCCGUCAAAGCCACGAACUGAAUGCAAUGGCUAGCCAGGCGGAAAGCAAUCCAAAUGCCGCGCUAACAUCCACCGGUAGCAUCGAUCAUACUCAAGUUCGAGUGGAGGCAGCCGAAGCAGCGAGCAAGGUGCUCGAACCGUCGAAAGAUUCGCCGAGCCAUGAGUUUGUUUCUGACAGUGUAAGGGCUACGGACACUGACAUUAAAGAAGUGCGGGAAGGCAUGAAAAGACUGGGAAUGCAAAAUGAAGAAGAAUGGGAAGGUGAAUUGGAGGCCGAACUGAAGGAUUUUGAAGUCGUUACGGGCCAGGAAAAGAAUACGACGAGUGGCAAGGACGAUUGGGAAGAACAGAUGGAUGAACUCCUCGGCGAAGAUGGGGAUCUCAAGUAAAAUGAAUAACGAACAGAGAUGGAGAAAAAAAUGGUUGAAAACGUAUGAAGAAAUUGUGAAACUUUGACGUACUCGAUCGAGGCGUAUUUAUGAGUUGUUAACGAGCCUUUGCUCAAGGGCAAAGUGAUUUUUUCACGCAGAUAUGCGACAAGUCGGACGAUCCUCCAUCGCCUUAGUUUAUAAAAUCAUUUCUCAUUUUUAUUUCCAACCAUUCAACGGCGAAUUUCUUUUCCGAAGAUUUGUUACGACCGCACAAAAUUGCUUGUAUGUGUGUCUGUUUGUAUUUUAAAUCUCGUAAGUUUUCGUCGGGUUCGACUGAAAAGAAAAAAGAGAAAGAUCGAUUACAGGGGAAAAGUAUAAUUGAGUAAUUGAGAGUUGACGUGAUAUUUAUUAUCGCCGCAUUAAGUCUAUUUAUUUCGUCCGAAGAUUCUACUCGGCUUUGUUACGAAUAUCAAGAAGUUUAUCGUUCCGUAAAACGAAAAGAUCGUUUGUUUUGUUUUUCAAGGAAUUUAUCGCGUCGAUUUAUUUGUCAAAGUGAUCAACAGAAUUCGUCACCGAACGAAGCUCUCCGUUUAUUCAUUGUAUCGAAACUUGAAGAAUUUUUUCGACGUCUUUCUUCGUCACGCGAACAGACUCCAGACACAUGGCCUAUACGAUCAUAUUUCACUAUUUUGCGCCUGUUACGAAGCUUCAUGUUCGACUCGGCCACCCUCCUUGGACAACGAAUGCUGUCGGUCACUUCGAAUAAAAAACUUAUUAAUGAUGCUCAUAAAAAUAAUAAGCACUUUUUAUUUCCAAUUUAUCGAUUCGUCAUUGGCAAAUAAAUCGCCAAAGAUAUGACAUCUGGUGACGAAUCUUUGCGCAAAGACGCUUCUGCACCACUGCUAUUCCGGUCGAAUAGAAUUCUCAAUGACUUGGCGCAACGAUUCAAUUUUCUGACAACGGCUAUCCGAGGGAAAAAUACUUUAAUACAUCAGCGAGAAUUUAUGUUUGAUGAAGCAGUGUUUCAUCAUCGAUCUGAACUUCCGACUAUUUUGUCAGCGAUCCAACAAGUCAUGUGUAAUUACUCCGAAAAAAUGGUCAUUCAAAAUGUAGUUUCUUAGUCGAGAGCUUUGUAAGGGCAGCAGCUUCGAAGCGCGCUCAUCUGCAUUCUUUCGUUUCGUUGAACGCAACCGUCGACUAUCAUUCGUCUUGUACAUUGAUUUUCCACUUACUGCUCCUGGUGAACUCGAUCUUGCGCAGAUGAGAAAAUCAUACUCUGUCAAGCAGUUUAAACGUGCUUUUGGAUGCCUAAACUCGAAUCGAUCAAAAUUUCGAUUUUUUGCCAAUAGACUAAAACCAGAAUCGUUACAAAAACCUUCGAGAUAUUGUGAAAAAUAUAUUAUAAAAAUAUGAAUGAACGAAAAAAAAUUGUGGAAAAGCAUUACGACUUUUUUAAACAAACUUUCCCUCGUUUUUGGUUCUUUAUGCAAACGCAUUCGUGACAUGAGCCGUUUUGACGUGUUUUUUUUUGAAGAUUCAAUAUGUGAAAUGAAAGAGAGGGAGCAAAAAAAAGAGAGGAAGUUCGGAAAGAAGUUGAAAUCCAUUGAGGAAAUUAAUUUAGUUCACUCGCCGUGUGGAAAAUGUGUUCGUUGAACUAUUUCCAGGAUUUUUUUCAAGCGUUCAUCGAAUCGCGAAAUAUCGAAAUUCUGAUCGAACGAGUUCUCGACUUGGAGAACGUGUAUACAAGAUAUAAAAUCCUUUCUGAAAAUGUUAAACGAGUGAUUUUCUGACGUUCGGAAAUUGUUGUGACAGGAAACGUUUAAUAAGAAAAAUCACAUGAAGGGGAAGAUAGGGAGAAAAAGAAUAAGGAGAAAAAAUAUCCGGUAGAAGAGAAGCUUUUACGAAGUUGCAGUUGUGUUUCAGGAGGGCCUAAUGGAUCAGGCGUUAUUUAGAAGAUAAACAAUCACGGUUAGCGUGUUUAACUUAAGUUGGCCUCGCGCAAGAAACGGAAUGGAAAGCAGCAGCAACAAGAACAAAAAUCCAUGUAAACGCAUAGUGGAACUUGCGUUGAAAUAAUAAAAAAUAAAAAAAAAAAAAAAAUAAAAAAUAAAAAACUAAAAACGAUAAACAAAUCUAAAAUCAUGUAAUUAUCGUAAUGGAAUCGCGCGCAUCGAGUGCGUGUCGAUUGAUUUUUACGGCAUUUCUCAUAGCGUUCCUCGUAUUCGAAUAUGUUUAAAUAACAGCAAUAUACAACAGCCAAAAACCAAAAAAAUGUGCGGUAUAUUAAAUGGUGAAGAGACAAAGAAAAUACUUAGAAAGAAAAAAAGGAAUUCCCGAGUACACAUCGUUUUAUCACUCUGAGUCACUCGGGAAAGUAAAUCGCUAUAUCCUCCGAUGCAAUGCAUUCACUCAUAAAAUAUGAGUAUACACCUGGUACUUGUAUGUAUAUACACGCGUAUACAUAUAAUAUACAUAAAUAUACACAUAUACAUAUAUGUUGUUGAAUCCAUUGAAAGUAUGAUAAUAUAUAUUAUAUGACUAUUAAUGAGAAUAUAUAAUGAUGCAGCAGAUUAAAUUGAAAAGGAAAAACACUAUUAAGGAAAUAAUAUUAUAAUUGCGAUAAUGUAUUAUAAAUAUACAAAUCGUGUACCUCGUGAGAAAUAAAAACAAAUCGAGUACUCCUAA